AUGCACCCGAUGAACAAUGCAGUUGGGCUGUCCGGUCGACCGCUCUUCAGUCUUCUGUUUGCGGCCGUUUUAGUUAUUGUGAUCACAUUUCAGCCUGCUUCGGCAUUUUUACCUCUGCAAUGCGUAAGUAAUGUGACCAAACCUCAUGCAAUCUGCUGCCCUCGACACCCGACGAAUGGGAAAGUGUGUGGUGGCAGCAAAAUGGGCUCCUGUGACCGCAUCAUCGCGCCAAUCGAGUAUGUCCCCACCGUCUUCCACGUAGACGAUCGGGCCGCCUGGCCGACCAGGUUCUUCUCCUACGCCUGCCAGUGUAGAGGCAACUUUUUCGGCCCGGCCUGCGAAACAUGCUGGUUCGGCUGGAAGGGCAGACUGUGUGAUCAGCGUCAUAUGCUCACGCGAAAAGACAUCCGCCGGCUGUCAGAUUUCGAGCUGAAAGUGUUCAUCGAUGUCGUGAGUCGCAGCAGAACAUGGCCUUCUGGUUACGCAAUCCUCGAUGAAUCUGAUAACUGGCAUUCUGAUCCACUAAACAAUCCUAACUUCGAAGAGGCGAGUAUUCAAUACUUUAUAACUUUCAAUCAUCGCUACGGUAGCCGAACUACACUGUAUAAAAACGUAGAGGAUUGCGAGAUGUACGGCAUCCUGGACUUCAACCACGAUGGCCUCACAUUCCCUACUUGGCAUCGUUACUUCCUGUUGAUUUGGGAGAGGAUGCUUGGCCAAAUUGCAAAUAAGGUUUAUGGGAUCACAGAUUUCGCCCUACCCUACUGGGAUUGGAUUGGCAUGCGUGAAUGUGAUAUCUGCAACAACAGGUACAUCGGAGCACCUGGAAGAAGAGAUAGCAUGGGCUUGCACAUCAGUGAACGCCAUCCAUUCCAUAAUAUGACAGAAUUUUGCUACGAACCAGAGGAUGGCAUGCUCUGCUACGGAUGCCAGAAGGCCCAAACUGUCGGGAAAAUUGUACGUGAAUGGAACAGCCUAGACUUCCCAACACAGGAUAAUUUUGAAUUUACGAUGAGUCGGAGACAGUGA